AUGAAUGACUGGCAGAGGAAAAGCCCUCUAGACUGGGAAACGUAUGUGAACAAAAUGGUGAAAGUUGCUGCAAUUGAGAAGCAUGAAUAUGAAGGCUGGGUCUUAACAGUGGAUCCAGUUUCUGCCAGUGUUGUCCUUGCGACAUUCCUGGAGAACGAAAAGGUGUCCAUAUCGGUUGUCAUGGGCCAUGCUGUCCAGGAGGUGGAAGUACUGAAAGAAGGAGAUGAUGAAAUGAAGCAGCGGCUUUCUGCCAUAUUUGCACCUGAAGAAAACAAAGCCUACAGCCCCGAGGAACUUGAAAAGAGGAAGAACGACUUGAAGACUUGGCUGGAAACAAACCACAUCCCCGUAACAGAGCAAGGUGAUUUGGGAAGAACGCUGUGCGUGGCAGGGGCAUUAACCAUUGACCCUCCGUACGGCCCAGAUGAGUGCAGCAGCUCCAACGAGAUUAUUCUGUCUCGGGUUCAAGGCUUGAUACAGGGCUAUCUUGAAAAACAACAGUGA